AUGGCUCUCUCCGGGCGGCCUGCCCUACGACGACGUGACGAGGUUUUCCGUGCUAUGAUCUCGUUUACUGAGGAUGCAUUGAUCUUCCUCACUAGCGUCCGACGUCGUCUCGUCAGCCUCCUCCCGGCGCAAGCCACCCAAGCUUUCAAGACUGGUCGUGUAACACCAGUAUCGCCACCGGCGCAGAGACAAGAGCAUAUCUAG